CUGCUUCUCAUCUCUGGGGCACUUUCUAUCUAUAGGGAUGGAAAUGAAUGACAGAGUCUCUCUGUGCUGCCUGAUGUCAGAGCUGAGAAAGGUGUAAAGGGUAUAUAAGAGCUGUAUUACUUGCCAGCAAGGAGGGACGAAAAAAGGGAUACUGCAGAGUCAGAUGCAAGCGUGGAAUUGUUGCAUGUACCCUUCCUGCUAAUACAGACGUGUUUUGAACUUCUUCAGUUAGUUCCUUGACCACUACAAGAAACUUAGGAAGGAAAGAUGUGCAACCUAAAGCUGCCAGUUGUCUUCAUUGUGCUCUCUGUUGCUUUAAGCUACUUGGAGGCUACACCUAUGGAAAGACUAUUCUCUGUGGCUGAUGAUCUAUCUGAUGGGACUUCCAACAGACAAGGAUGGCUAUUACCAGUCCUGUCAAGGAAUAUACCCUGGGGACUUAAUGGGGCAUUGCCACAACCGGCUGCAGCAAAGCCAAAAAGUCACCGCUUGGAGAAACGGAAAUGCAACACUGCUACAUGUGUGACGCAACGUUUGGCUGACUUUUUAGUUCGAUCCAGCAACAACAUCGGAGCAAUUUAUUCACCUACUGAUGUGGGAUCCAAUACAUAUGGCAAGAGGGACCGAGUUGGGCUUUUAAACAGAGAACCCCUAAAUUAUCUACAGUUUUAGUGUGUUGAAAUGAUUACUGCUGCACUCCUCAUUAGGAGUUUCUCCCCAGUUUUUAUGUAUAAAUAAUCUUUUAGUCAUUUACUACCUAUACAUUCUUAACAGUGCCUUGUUUUAUUUGUGUGUGUCUGUGUAUGUGACUUUCAUGGUUCUCAUUUCACUAUGCAUGUGUGAUGACAUGGAUAGGGUAUGGUUUUGAAUUCACUAAAAGCUUCAGAAAUCUGUUCAUUACAUUCCUUUGUGGAAAAAAAAUAAAUCACAAAAAUAAACUGAAAUGUAAUUGCUAUAGGGGUUUUUUUAAUUAAAAAGAUUAAAAAGACAACCAUGGUGUGUAUGUCUUUAUAGUCCCAGCUGGGUGAGGGGAAAAAAAUUAAACCUGUCCUAAACAACCACUAAGGGAGCUAACAAAAAUCAGUUGGUUAAUGGAGGUUGUGUCCUAAUGUAAGUGAAGCAGAAUUGUACUCAGUACUUUUGGAGAUGAUUUAGAGGGGUUAUAGUCCCUUACUGCACUCUAAUCAAGAAUUAUUGGGUGAAAUUCUAUGGCCUAUGUUAUGCAACUCAGACUAGAUGAUCAUAAUGGUCCCUUCUCACCAAAAGAUCUUUUAGUCUAAUAAGGGUGAUCUCAUGUACAGGUUUCAUUGCAUAUUGCAACAUGGUAUUUUAAGGGUUUAAAAUUCUUAUGUCUAAAUUUUAGCUCAUUUAACUCUAACCACUAUGAGAAACAGUAAAUUAUAAAGCGGAGCACAAGCAAACCCAGCUAAUAGGGUGACAAGAACUUUGUAUUCUUCUUAAAAGCAUGCCCUACAAAAGAACUGGCAUCUUUCUUUGUGUGUUCCCUUCUCUGAACUGAAUUAAUAAACGGAUUAAAAAGAAAGCAAGCAAAAGCAUUAAGCUAUCUAUAAUAGCUUUAUUUAAAAAAAAAAAUCUGUUCAUGACAAAGAUUUUUUCCAACUAGUAUUUACUAGUACUAAGCAAUUCAUUAAAAUCUAAGAGCAGUUUGACACUAUAAGCUUUUCCUUGGUCUUAUCCCAGCACAACAUCAGUGUAUGUUUAUGAAAUGUACAUGUCAUUUUAGUCUGUGUUGUGGGCUUUCAGAAAAACUGCCUCAUCCAGUAUAUUACAAUAGGAAUUUUUGUUUCUCUUCAUCAUAUUCUCAAUUAAAAGUUUAAUGACAUCAGGAAACCACAUACUGGAUAGUGGCUUCUUAAUUCUGUCAAAUUAUGAAAACUUUUUAGCAGAAGUUCUGUAGGCCACUCAUGCCUUCUCGUUGAAAAGCACCAUUAGUGGAAAAGUAAAUUAAACCUGAAUACUUUGCAUGGCUUGAUUCACUUUGUUGUGUUUUCUUUAUAAAGUGUGCCUUAAAUUACAAACUCUAAGUUUAAACUUUAUUUUAAUUUAUGUUUUGCCUUCAUUUUAUGAACUGAUUUGAAGUACAUUGAAAUAAAAACUAAAGCAAUGUGCAAGCUAUUGCUAAUUAUAAUCAUUUGCUCAGAAAAGGCUAACCUUAAAGAUAUUGCAAAGGAUAGUUAUUCAUAAAGUCUUUAAAAAAGUUGUCCAAAUGUUAUUCCGCUUGAUUAAUACUUCUGGCAGCUUAAAAACAGAUGUACUUUCACUUCAUUCUUACUCAAGUUCUACAGCUUCUUUAUGUAUCCAGCUUAGUUUGAUUUUUUUCUUCAAUUCAAGUAUGACAAUCACUCUCCAGAAAGCAAACAACCAGAUAUUGUUAGAAUAGUGGUGAGCUGUCACAGAUAGAAUGUAAUGGUGCAUUACAGUAAUUGCAUAGCAUCUUGCAGAUGGUUGCUUCAAGGUUUAUUGUACUGUGUUUACAAAGAAUGUUGGUAAUCCCAGAAUUAAAAGCUUUAUACAUA